GUCGGGUACGAAUGGGGACGCAGCAAAUCCAGUCGUCCCAUCCGGCGCUCUAUUCUUCCUCGUCGUCUUCUUCGAUCCACUCCUUUUCUCCCCCUCCCUGCUUUCCACGCAACUUCCCCCCGAAUUCUUCUUCCACGAUUCCAUUUGACCCCCGCUGCUCCUCAGAGCUCAGUCAGUCCUCACCCCUACCACUGCUAGGUCGUCCGUCGACGCCCCCCACAAUUUCUCACGUCCUUUUUUCCUGCCCCUACUGCGCUGCCCACUGGGAUUGGUUCUUUGGGAUUUUACCCGCCGCCCGAUAGGAAAAACUCUUUUUUCUUUUUGCCUCAGACCUGACGCAGCGCCGGCGAGAUCCCGCUCCGGAACCUGCAGGGCUGGGGGGAGUUGGGGGUCAGAUUUACGGCGACUUCUGUGCCGCGUUUAGGGCGGGUCACGUCGGGCAGGUUCUUGCCGACGCGGAUCUGCUUGGAGCCAACCAAAGGGAGGGCCGAAUCAGGCUGUUCGCCCGUGCGAGGCCAAAAAGCUCCGGCCUUGGCUGCCGAAACCGCGUGACGCGACCACCCGUGGUGGUCCGGCACGAUUAGGGAGGGUCGCGUCUCGUGCUUGGUCGUUGGAGUUCGAGAUCCGUAGCCAGGCAUGGAGCCCUCGUCAUCCAUCACGUUCGCGUCCUCGUCGUCGUACCUCUCCAACGGGUCCAGCCCCUGCUCCCUCGCGCUGCCGCCGCCGGGGCCGCCACAGACCCCGCCGUUGGCCGCCGGGGAGGGGUGGGGUGGUGGAGGCACUGCAGGAGGGAGCGGCAGCAACGUGGAGGCGGUGAGCCUGAAUCGGCUCAGCAAGAACCUCGAGCGGCUGCUGCUCCCCGACUCGGACCUUGACUGCAGCGAUGCGGACGUCGACGUGCCCGACGGCGAGCCGCCCGUCCCUAUCCACCGCUGCAUACUCGCCGCGCGCAGCGCCUUCUUCUACGACCUCUUCGCCGCGCGCAGUCGCGCAGGGGCCACGCGCGGUGAUGCAGCCGCUGGCGCCGGAGGGGAAGGAGAGGGGGCUGGCAGUGGGAGGCCGCGGUACAAGAUGGAGGAGCUCGUCCCCGGAGGCCGCGUGGGGCGCGAGGCCUUCCAGGCGUUCCUGGGGUACCUGUACACGGGCAAGCUCCGGCCGGCGCCGCCCGACGUGGUGUCGUGUGCCGACCCCGUGUGCCCGCACGACUCGUGCCCGCCGGCCAUCAGGUUCGCCGUCGAGCUCAUGUACGCGGCGUGGACCUUCAAGAUCCCCGAGCUCGUUUCGCUCUUCCAGCGGAGGCUUCUUAACUUUGUUGACAAGACUCUAGUAGAAGAUGUCAUUCCUAUUCUGCAUGUUGCUUCCCACGCAGAGCUGACUCAAGUGCUUGACAAAUGUAUUCAGAGGAUUGCGAGAUCAGAUCUUGAUGAUAUAUCUUUAGAUAAGGAGCUCCCUCCAGAAGUUGUUGAUGAGAUAAAAAAGAUUCGCAGAAAGUCCAAAACAGCUGAUGGUGAUGCAUUCGUUUCGGACCCUGUGCAUGAGAAAAGAGUCCGAAGAAUCCACAGAGCACUGGAUUCUGAUGAUGUCGAGCUUGUGAAAUUGCUUCUUAAUGAGUCUGAAAUCACAUUAGAUGACGCCAAUGCAUUGCACUAUGCUGCUUCUUACUGUGAUUCUAAAGUUGUCUCAGAGCUGUUAGACUUGGGGCUGCCUAACUUGAAUUUGAAGAAUAGCCGUGGAUACACUGCACUCCACUUGGCUGCAAUGAGGAGAGAACCAGCUAUCAUUAUGUGUCUCCUAAACAAAGGGGCAAUUGUGUCACAACCGACAGCUGAUGGCCGGAGCGCAAUUAGUAUUUGUCGGAGGUUAACAAGAUCAAAAGACUACAAUACAAAGAUGGAGCAGGGUCAAGAGUCAAAUAAAGAUAGGUUGUGUAUAGAUAUUCUAGAGAGGGAGAUGAUGCGGAAUCCUAUGGCAGUGGAAGACGCAGUCACCUCGCCUUUAUUGGCUGAUGAUCUUCACAUGAAGCUUCUCUACCUGGAAAACAGAGUUGCGUUUGCCAGAUUAUUCUUUCCUGCUGAAGCCAAGGUUGCCAUGCAAAUCGCACAAGCAGACACCACAGAAGAAUUCGGCGGUAUUUCUGCAGCAAGUACUUGUGGUAAACUGAGGGAAGUUGAUCUAAAUGAAACACCAGUAACACAAAACAAAAGACUUCGUUCAAGGGUGGAUGCACUGAUGAAAACAGUGGAGUUGGGCCGUCGGUACUUCCCAAACUGCUCUCAGGUGCUCGACAAAUUCCUGGAAGACGAUCUGCCGGACGGCAACACAUUCUUCCUCCAGAAUGGCUCUCCCGACGAGCAGAAGGUGAAGAGGAUGCGCUUCUGCGAGCUCAAGGAGGACGUGCGGAAGGCGUUCAGCAAGGACAAGGCCGAUAGCAGCAUGUUCUCGGGCCUGUCAUCGUCGUCGUCGUGCUCGCCGCCCCAGAAGGUCGUGAAGAAGUGACGAGUUUUGCAGCAGUACAGUUGUAAUCACGGUCUUGAACGAAACAGCAUAGGGAUCGAUAGUAGAUUUUGUGUAUGUACAGUGCUUACGAUGAUGCAAGUAAAACUAUAUGAUAUAUGUCAAAACAUGCCAAGAUGGACACUAACUGCUCCGGGAUCGGUUGAAGAAUAUGAACAGAAGCAUACAGAGAGAGAAGAAAACGAGCAGGUGGCUCAUAGAUAUUCCAGAGCAGCGGUACUCUACGCGGGUUUAUCACGUUAUCUUGUUUCGGAUAACUGUAAUAUGUUCAAUAGCUAGGUCAUUACCGUGAGCUUACCACACUGGUUAUUGAGGUUGUAGAACAUGAAAAAUGAUGUACGAAAAUAUUACUUCAUUGUCA